UAAUUAAUCAAAAUUAAGUAAAAUAACAGAAAUAGAAGAAAUUUUAUAUACAAUAAAAAAUAUGCAAGCUUCAAAAAAGAUCAAUGAUCAAUUGAAUAUUGCUCAUGAAAAUAAGAUAAAAAUAUAAGAAAUUUAUGAGAAAUAAGAAGAAGAAAGGAACCUGAAAAGAAAGGAAGCUAGAACAUUAUUUGAGUAGGGUAAAAUUAUGUCAAGUAUAAAUAGGCUAUGAAUUAUUUCAAAAUUACAAAAGGUUAUCAGUAGUUAAGAAUCAUUAAUAUAUGGAGGAUUUGAUGUUAUUUGACAACUCGAUUAAAUCAUUUGAUUCAGAUGAAAAAGUUUAUGAAUGGAAAGGUAGUAUUUUAGAAUUCAUAUUUAGGUUUCGCGUUAUAUAAUUUAAAGAAAUAUCAGGACAGUAUUGAAUGUUACGACAAGGCUCUUUCUAUAAAUCCUAAUAAUGAUAAUGUCUAAGGCAACAAGGGUAAUGAGCUUUCAAUUAUUUUUAUUAAGGUUUAUCAUUAAACAAGUUAAAUAAAUAUUAAGAAGCUAUUGAGUGCUAUGAUAAAGCCCUUUCAAUAAAUUCUAGUAAUGAUACCGUAUGGGGAAACAAGGGUACUGAACUUUCAAAUAUGUUAUUAAGGUUCAUCAUUAAAAAAGUUGAAUAAGCAUUAAGAAGCGAUUGAGUGUUACGACAAGGCUCUUUCUAUAAAUCCUAAUAAUUAUACUGUAUGGAGCAAUAAGGGUAAUUAACUUUCAAAUAUUUUAUUGAGGUUUAUCAUUAAAUGAGUUACAUAAAUAUUAAGAAGCUAUUGAGUGCUACGAUAAAGUUCUUUCAAUAAAUCCGAAGUAUCAUUCUGCCUUCAUAAAUAAAGGUAAAGUAUUAUUUUAAAACAGGAUUUGCACUAAAUUAGUUAAAACAAUAUUAGGAUGCAAUAAUAUGUUAUAAGAAAGCAAUUAUUUCUACAGAUCCUUUGAAAUUAAGACUAUUGGGUAUUAAUUCAUAAUAUUAAGGCGAUUCAUUACUCGAAUCAGGAUUGAAAGAUUAAGCUAAAUAAUCUUAUUUGGCUGCAUUGCGCCAAGGAUCAUCAGAGUAAAAAUAUAUAGAAGAAUAAUUAUAAAAGUUAUGA